AUGUCGACCUCCCGAGUCUUCGCCAUGCGGUCCUCCGCCCUCCGAAACGUCACCACACGAGUCGUACCGCGCCAAUUGGCCCGGCCCGCCGCCCGGAGAGGCUAUGCCGACGCUCCGCAUAAAGCCGCCUCCAAGUCGAGCGAUCUGCCUUGGCUCAUAGGCUCCGUCGGCAUCACAGGCCUCGGUGCCGCCUUCCUGCUGGCAAGCGGACCCCAGCAGAAAGAGAAGCACGCGGACGCCAAACACGACGCCGCAGUCGAACACGCCGCCUCCCACCCCGACCCAGCCGCCGAGGAGAACGACGACUCGCCCGAGUCCAAGGGCGAGGAGUCCAAGGACGAGGUGGACAAGCCCGGACAGGGCGACCCCAAGGCCGCGCACAAAAGUGGGCAGACGGGCCGGCAGGUGCCGCCCCCUUCGGCGGAUAACUCGGAUCUGGCCACGAACUGGGACGAGAAGAAGGAGGGCCAAGAGCAGUAUAAGGAAAUGGUCAGACAAAAGGACACCAAGGUCGCGGCCAGCUCGUCAACAAUGCCGAGCAAGAAGACAGCCACCGAGGACCCGCGUGAGGAUCCCAAGAAGGGCGAGGGAGAGGCUGUGCAGAAGGGCGGUCCCGCUGAGUAG